CACUUUAUUCCUUCUUUGCUUUCCUCCCUCAUCACUUUUCUCCCUCAGUGCAUUGUGAUUUUAAAGCUUGUGUACGAUCUACAAAUCUAGGUUUAAGAUGGGUCAAAAACGAAAAUGUAGGUAUCAACAAAUGUGGAUUUUUGUAAAUUACAGUUGGAUCUACAAUUUAGGUUUUUAUGUAAAUUUUGGGUUUGUACAUUACAGAUUUCGAAAAUCAGUACUACAUGAAGAAAAUGUUUUGAAAUAUGAUUCUUUGUCAGUUGUAAUGUCGAGGUUUCUUCAUCCAAACAUGUUUAUUUUCGCUGCUUGCCAAGAGAUUUGCUGCAGAGAAGAUCAAUCUCCUGAUGGUCGGUUGAAUCUGACAAAAGACAAGGAAAUUCAUCUUGGGAAGCAAGGGAAUUGAGAGAUAUAAUGAUCAUGAUCUCUGAUUUGUAAAAAGAAGUUGAAGGUGUAAUCACUUACGUGAAAAGUAUCUGGUUAUAAAAUGAGAGGAAGAUCCGAUGAAGUACAAAAUAAGCGCUAGUUCACUGCUUUAGUGAGUAUAGCACCUGUCCACGGUUUUCUGUAUGUUUACAAGGGAUCUAUUUUCAGUUACAGAAGUAGAACAACAGCUUUAGAGUAUGGAAGCAUUAUGAAAUUGAUGGAAGUUGGAUUUGUCAUUGAUGGAACAUUAUGAAAUUGUCUGUACUUUUAAUUUCUUGUUUUUGUCUGACUUGAAACCGUCUGGUAUUAGAAUUUAGAUAGG